GUUGUCUAAAGACGCAUCCACUGCUUGGCUGUACAGCAAAAACAAGUUUGCUAGAAAUAUGCCCAAGGAAGACCCAGAGACCACAACGCUCAAAAAUGAAUUAACGGACUUGAUAGCUCAAGUAAAGGCGGAUCAAGAAAAAGUCGCAGAUGCUAAACUGGCCGAAAAAUGUAGCGACUUGGCUGACGUACCAAAGAUAAGACUUACAACAAAAAAAACUCUGAAAGGUCAUAUCAACAAAGUUAACUCUGUUCACUACAGCGGUGACUCCAGGCACUGUGUGACGGGGUCUCUGGAUGGGAAACUAAUCAUAUGGGAUACGUGGAGCGGAAACAAGGUCCAGGUUAUACCAUUGCGCUCUGCUUGGGUAAUGAGCGUCGCUUUUGCGCCGUCUGGAAAUUUUGUUGCUUGCGGAGGAAUGGACAACAUGUGCACGAUCUACGACUUGAACAAUCGGGAUUCAACGGGUGCGGCUAAGAUGGUGCGCGAGCUGGCUGGUUACGAGGGCUUCCUCAGCAGCUGCCGAUUCCUCGAUGACUCUCACAUUCUCACUGGUUCCGGCGAUAUGAAAAUAUGCAUUUGGAAUUUGGAGGCUGGCAAACGGGAAAAGGAAUUCGACGCACACGCGGGAGAUGUCGUAACCAUUUCGUUGGCACCAGAUAUGAAGACUUAUGUGACAGGCUCAGUCGAUAAGACCUGCAAACUAUGGGACGUAAGGGAGGAAAAAGCUAAACAAACAUUCUUCGGCCAUGAAGCUGACGUCAACAGUGUUUGUUACCACAAUAGUGGGCAGGCUUUCGCGACGGCAUCUGAGGAUAAGACCGCGCGGCUCUUCGACAUUCGCAGCGACCAGCAACUCGGUCACUACACGCCACCAGGCAGCUGUGGCUUUACUAGCUGCGGUUUAUCCCUAAGCGGCAGAUACUUGCUAGCAGGCUCUGACGACAACUCCGUACAUUCUUGGGACACACUGAAAGUUUCCCACACUGGCACUCUAAGUGGACACGACAAUCGAGUGACCUCCAUUUCAUUGGCACCGAACGGCGUUGCCAUGGCCAGCUGCUCCUGGGACCAAAGUGUUAGGGUCUGGGGCUAACAGCCAUUUGGUCCUUGUUGUCAUACCCUGAGGAUUUUUCUCGUUGGCCCCAAGUUUGUUAUUUUAAAUCAUCUCAAUUGUGUAUCGAUAGAGAGUCAAUGGCAGGAUUUUGUACCUUUGGUAUUCUGCUAAAGGUCAAGAGUAGUGACUUGUCAGUGGCUAGCCGUCGAGGACUGAAUAUACGCCAUCGAGUAUAUAACCUGAAAAAGAGACGAAAUGUCAUUUAAUUAGUUUGAAAACUAUUCUGCCAAAUCAUUACGGUGACAACUGCGCUCCGAUUGGCCAGUCCGAAUUCAAAACAAUU